AGAAGUUGUUUUGUGCUAAGAGCCGAGAGGAGACAAGAGAAGUUGAGUGGCGCUUAGCUCGCCUCCACAUGUUCUGUUUGGUUGCACAUAGUAGUAUACGACUCUUUUGAAAUACCCAGUUGUUGAAAUAUUGCUCGAGUGGGGAUAAAUCGACCAAAAUGGAUCCUUUUACUGAGAAACUGUUGGAACGGACCCGGGCUCGCAGAGAAAACCUGCAGAAGAAAAUGGCAGAGAGACCAAAUGCAGCAAACAGACCGAUGGUCAAAAGGCCCAGAGAGCCACUGGCUGACACCAAUAGUGUGAUCAGUGAGCCAGUCAUUGAUAAAGUUCCGCAGGUGUCCUCCAAACCUUCUCCCUCAAAGCGGCGGUGCUCAGAGGAAAAUGUCCAGCCUGCAGUUGGUGAAGAAAACCAAGAGCCGACGAUGGCACGACCUUUGGCCCCUGUGGUCUCAGAUCCUCCCACAGACAGGAAACCUCCACUGGCGCCAGGCAGCAGAUGUUCCUCCUCCCUGGAGAAGACUGCCACACAGCCUGUUGUCCAGUCUCAGCUGGGGCAUCAAAAAACUAUACAGCCAGAGCCACAGAAGAUAGCUGUCACCCCUGCUCCUGAUAAUCUGAACAGCAGAGAAGCAGAGAUGGUGCCUGCCAGUCCAGCCCUCCAGAGGACCGUGGAGGAUUCAGCUUCAUGUGCUGCUGGCAUGAAGUCACGUCUACAGAAACUAGCUGAGCAAAGAAAAUGUUGGGAUGGCAACAGCACCUCUGAUACAGUUCCCCUGUCCCCGUUGAAGAGACAGGCUGAGGUCCCACCAGCUGCUGUCCCUUCUCUGACCUCAGAACCUCCAGUAGGGAGGAGAGGCCGACUGGCCAAUCUCGCUGCCACUAUUGGAUCCUGGGAAGAUGACCUAAGCCGUGCUAAUAUCCCCAAAGAGAAUGCAAAAGAGAAGCCUGGUACAGCUUUUCCCAAGUCAGCUGUCAGAGAGGCCACUGUAGCUGUCAGCGCCAAGCCAAGUGCUGCUGGAGGCCAUGUGGUGGCCAGUACAACUAUGGGCAGCAAGUCCACAUCCAGCUCUUCUCAGCAUGCUGUGUGUUCUCCGGUCAAGCCGAGCCAAGUGCUUUCCCCGGGCCCUCAGAAAGCUGUCAUUCCUGUAGCCACACCAACGCUUCAGUCAGUAACCAGUCCUCAGAAGAGUUCCAACCAGGGGAUGACUUUCACCUCUAGUCCUCAGAAGAGCUACAGCCAUGGAUCAGCCUUUCCGUCCAGUCCCCAGAAGGCCGGUCCCUCCACCUCAACACCUGUGCCUCAAAGCCCUCUGAAAAAUCAGGUCCUCUCCAGGGGUCUCAACAUCACUGCAAGCCCCCAGAAGCCAGAGCUUUGUGCCAAGCCCGCCAUUGUUGGCCCCUCUGUCCAUCAGGAAAAGGCAUCUGCUGGGGGACCUGGUGUAAAAUCUUUCCUGGAGCGCUUUGGAGAGAGGUGCCAGGAGCGUACCAACCAGAGUUCUCCAGCAGGGGGCACUGCCCAGGCCAAGCCUUCCACUGUAACUCCAUCAGUCACACCAAACACCAAACUGGUACAGGAGAGACUCAGGGCUGCCCAGGCUGCAAACACAACCACUUCUGAUCUCACCCAAAGACAGAAGAUGGAGCGGGAGUCUGAGCUGGCUCAAAUUCGCAAUCGCUUCCAGAAGGGGAACAAUAUGUGGAAAAACAGAGAUGAAGCAACAGAAACCAAGAAGAACUCCGAUAUCAAGGAACAGCUUGUCAAGCCUGUGGAGAGUGAAGCUGCCCUAUGUGAGCCAGAGGAUGAACCUACAGCACUGUCUACUGAGAAAACUGGUAACCCCACCAUGUUAACUCCUGCAGUCUCACCACCAGCACAGACAUCCAGUCCUCUGAGGGUGGAUACUGUAGAGAAACCAACUGAUGAAAUACCAGAAAAAGAGGAAGUGGUCACAGAGAUAGAGAUGAAUGUGGACCAGUCCUUCAACUCUGCAGUCAUCACUGAGCUGUUUGAUGGAGUCCUGGAGCAGAGUGAAGAUCAGGAUCAGGAUGAGGAUGAGGAGGAAGACGCUUUGAAUAUCUCCUCCAUGUCCCUCCUCACUCCACUGGCAGAGACUGUGGCUGCUGUGGUGAGCAGUCCAGAGAGGAGAAUGAUGACGUCAACUCCAGCCAGUUCAUUCAUUAUGAAGAACAAAACUCCAGACAAUGUUUCCAAACCUAGCAAAUUCCAGAGAACUAACAUGAUACGGACUGCCUCUUCAGACAGUGUAGAGGCCUCAGAUGAAGACCAUAAACUGCCUUACAGCAUUGAUGCAUACAGGUCCACCAGAGUGAAAGAGAUUGAGAGACCCAAUGUGAAGCAGGUUAUUGUGAGAAAAGAGGAUGUUUCUCACAAAUCAGAAGAGCCUAUAGGAUCCAGUCUCUUCAAUAUUAAACAGAAGAUGAAGAUUCUGACUAAUGAGAUAAACCUGCAGCAGACAGUUAUUCAUCAGGCCAGUCAGGCUCUUAACUGCUGCACAGAUGAGGAGCAUGGCAAAGGAUCCCAGGUGGAGGCUGAGGCAGAGAGGCUGCUGCUAGUGGCAAUGGAGAGGAGGGAGGCACUGAAGGCGGAGCUGGACCGUCUGAGAGGAGGUCCAGCAGGACAGAAAAAGGCCUCUGCAGUCCCAGAAUCCACCAGCAUGUCUGCCUCGAAGGGCUCCAUCACCCUUCAGGAGUUACGUCUGCCCCUCAAGGCAGACUUUGUCUGCUCCACUGCCAACAAGCCAGAGUCAACCAAACAUUCCUUCUUCAUCAUGAUGCGGGCUGGAGCAGAGAACACUGUGGCUACUCCGCUGGCCAGCACACACCGCGGCCUCAGUGGAGACACCCUCACCUUCCCUACCAAGUUCACCAUAUCUGAUGUCUCCAGUGACUUUGUAAUUGAUAUUGAGGUGUACUGCCUGGUGCAGAAACGUGAGGUUUGCAGUGACAAAAAGAAGAAAACCAACAAAUCAAAGAUUAUCUGGAGACAGGUUCAUGAGGCACAUGAUCUGUGUAUGUCGGCUAUCACUCCAAAGAGAUUCCUUGGCAUUACUAAAAGUGGACAGACACCAGUUGUAGCCAGUCCAGGAGGCCCCAAUGCUGUUCGCUCCAGUAACUUCGUCCUGGUUGGAUCACACAAGCUCACUCUGUGCUCUAUUGGAAAAAACAAAUUUCCUUUGGAGAAGAUCAAAUAUGAAGGAUGUGAAAGAGAACUACUCAGUGGCAUGUUUCAUUCCAAGGUCCCAUUCUUGUGCCCCCUGGAGGGACACAUAUACCUCAAGAUGCAGUGUGAAGUUGGCUCAAAGGUGGAGGAGAGGGGCUUCUUGACGAUGUUUGAAGAUGUUAGUGGAUUUGGAGCCUGGCACAGGAGGUGGUGUGUCCUAUCAGGAUACUACAUCUCCUACUGGACCUAUCCAGAUGAUGAGAAGCGCAAGAAUCCCAUUGGUCGCAUCAACCUGGCUAACUGCACCAGUAAGACAGUGGAUCCAGCCAACAGAGAGUUUUGUGCCAGACCAAACACGUUUGAGCUUAUCACAGUCAGACCACAAAGAGAGGAUGACAAAGAGACACUAGUCAGUCAGUGCAAGAAUACCAUGUGUGUCACCAAAAACUGGCUUAGUGCUGACACUAAAGAUGAGAGAAAUCUGUGGAUGAAGAAACUGAACCAGAUUCUGGUGGAUCUGCGUAUGUGGCAACCAGACGCCUGUUACAGGCCACUGUAAUUACCGCACUUUGUCACAACCAGUCCUUUUAUCUUUUGGACUAUCUCAGUGACACAUACAAUUACAAAGUGCAAUACGGGAUGAGAACUGUUUUUUUUUUUUUUUUGCUUGUGGAUAUUUAACAGGAGAUGAGUAAUCAAACACAUAAGUUAUAGAGCAGAGGAGACUAAAUAAAGCCAUACAUUUGAAAUAUUUCAGUACAGUAUUUUGUGCAGGAGUCUGAGUUUCACACUAUAUUUUAUUCGUUUCCAGCUGAUUCUCUGUUUUUGGGAUUGUUGAGUUAUCACUUUUUUAUGUUAAUGCCAGUACUUGGUGUGUGUGUGACACAUGAUGUAUGGCUUCAACUUAUUUGGUUUAAUUGCUGAAAUCAGUAUAUAAAUGGUGUUGAAAAUAUAGAUGAAUACUAAUUUGAAGCGCCACAGCUUUAUCAUUGAAUUAAUGCUAUAUAUAUUUUAUCCUGCAUGACAGCACAGAACAAUGCUGAAAAUUUUGGUAAGUUUUCACUUUAUAUAUUAGCUUUUAGAACUUGUGGCAGGAUUUUCAAGUGUUUUCUAAAUUGCCAUGCACACAUUUUUGAUACCUUUCAUUCUGUUUGCACUGUUUCAUCAAUGUUUAUGUAACCGUUUCAGUGUGGAAGUCAAAGUUUUGGUUAAGGUUAUGGUCUGUUACAUAUUCUGCUGUAGAGCCCAACCAAAACCAAUACUGAUAUUUGACAGUUUAAAAAAUAAGCUACAAACCGGCCAAUAUUAUUUUUUUGUAUAUGACAGAGUUGUGUCCAACUAUUACAGUAUUUAAAAACAGGCUGUCUUUGCUCUGUGGUGGAAAAAUAAUGUAACAGCAACAUCUUUGGUUUUCUCCAACACAGUUACUGAUCAGCCAACAAAUACACUGAUACCAGUAUAUUUGUUAUAAGAUAUCAAUCUUUACUACAUGUCUAAUGUAAGAAAAAUGUUGAUCCUGUCGUCACAUAAACAUUUUAGACUUGGGACACCUUGUGUUGCUUAUGGAGAGUAUGUAACAGACUGUACAGUGACCCUGCAGGUGUAUGAAAAUAUUUUUACUUGUGUCUAGGUAAGAGACAGUGCUUUUUCAGCAUGCUGAUUAUCAAUACAUAUUGACAUAACUACACUGCUUUGUUUCUGCAUACAUUUUCAUCAUGAAGAAUGAGAGUGAGCAAGAAAUAAGUAUUUUCAUCAUUUACUUUAACUUGCCUCUUUAAUUCAAGUCUUCAUUUGGCCAGGUUUAUAUGGAUCAAUGAGACUUCAAUAAAUACCUGCUCUGACCAAAA